AUGAGUGAGGAUCGCAUUGAAGACUUGACAACACUUCCCUGGUGCCGAGCACUGCUCCACGAUCCCUCUGUAACCAUCAUCAACAAGCGUAACGUACUCAAAGAGGACCCUUCAGGUGCAAACGUCAACACGUUUCUCAACCGCACGCUCUGGGGCGACGACAGGAUCCGCGCACUUGUCACAUUGUUCCGGCCGGGAAAUGGGGAGAGGAGGCAAGGGGACCCAACCAAGCUGGACAUCCAGCCUGACUCGGCGAUGUGGGACGUUCCGCCGCACAAGCUCGAGCAAGAGGCACAGCGACAAGCAAAAAAGGAAGAAAAGAUUUUCGAUGUCACGGAUCCCAACGCCCCCGAGGCAAUCUUCCUUGUUUCCGUGGGCGACAAUGUCAAUGGCGGUCCAUACCGACUUCACGGGGGCAUACUUUCCACGCUCUUAGAUCACUGCAUGGGGAUUCUCUGCGCCUUUGUGUACAACUCGAGAGCGCCUCCGACGGUGGAGCUCACGGUCAAGUUCAAGAAAGCGUUCAAGACGCCGGGUGUUUUUGCGUUGAGGUCCAAGAUCAAGAGAGAAAAGGGCAGGUUCCUGGAGACGGUGGGAUGGAUCGAGGAUGGCGAGGGUAAUGUGUAUGCGGAGGCCACCGCGGCGUAUGUCAUUUCCAAGGUGGAGGCUGCAAAGUUGUGAGGGGUAAACAGAAUCAAUGUGUCCUGGGUGGGGCAGAAUAAAC